GCAGUACUGAACACCGCGCAGAGACGGAGACAAUCAUUUUUGUUCAUUUCUUUGUGAAUUUCUGCAGUAGAAAACUGUCACAAUGUUUCUGUGUGGAGGUCUUUCCGAGGCACAGGAAGCUGGCGAAAAUAUUCAGAAGAUCUGUGACAACGUGAAGCCUGAUGUACAGAAGAAAGCAGGGAAGAACUAUGAAGUUUUCACAGCCGUGUUGUAUGAGACCCAGGUUGUAGCUGGGACCAACUACUAUAUUAAGGUCCAUGUAGGAGGAGAAAACUACGUUCACCUCCGUGUUUUCGAAAACCUCCCAUGUUAUGGAGGAGGCCUUGAGCUGAGUGACAUGCAACAAUCCAAGAGCUACAAUGACCCUAUUGAGCCCUUCUAAUAGGAUGACAAACAAAGCAAAGCAUCCCAUCAGUGUCUACAGGCUGCACUCUCAUUUUAAUCAGUUAAUAUCACAUUGUUUUGCCUCUUUAUCUUAAACAUUGUUACCCAGUGCUAACAUGUUAUAACAUACUGUAUACAUCAUGCAGAUCAUGAUGAUAGUAUGUCAACAUGGGACUGUUUUGUACAAGGUGAAUUAAAAAUAAUUAUAUAAUAA